AUGGCAUUGGGCUGGGGUUCCUCAUCGAGCAAGGCCAGGACAAGUCUGCCUCUCCACCUACCCACCCACCCCUCCACCCACCCAUGCAUCCAUCCACCAAUCCACUUAACCAUCCACCCAUCCACUCAUUCAUCUAUCCAUCCAACCAUUCAUCUACCCAUCUAUCCACUUACCUGCCCACCCACCCAUCUACUCAUUCAUUCAUCCAUCCAUCCAUCCACUAAUCCAUCCAUCCAUCCAUCCACUUACCUGCCCAUCCACCCAGCUACUCAUCCAUUCAUCCACUCACUAACCCACCCAUCCAUCUACCCAUCUAUCCACUUACCCACCUAUCCACCCAUCUACUCAUCCAUCCAUCCAUUCAUCCACUAACUACCCAUCCAUCUGUCCAUCCACUCAUCCAUCCACCCAUCUAUCUACUUACCCACCCAUCCACCCAUCCAUCCAUCUACUCAUUCAUCCAUCCAUCCAUCUCCAUUCAUCCAUCCAUCCAUCCAUCCAUCCAUCCAUCCACUCAUCCAUCCAUCUAUUCAUCCACUAACUACCCAUCCAUCUAUUCAUCCACUCAUCCAUCCAUCCAUCCACGCAUCCACUCAUCCAUCCAUCUAUCCAUCCACUAACCACCCAUCCAUCUAUCCAUCCACUCAUCCAUCCAUCCAUCCAUCC